GCCAAGAAAUUUACUGCAAAAGUAUGUCUGGUAAGACACAUGAGAAUACAUACAAAGGAGAGGCCAUAUCAAUGUGACAUAUGCAGCAAGUCUUUCAUUACAAGUGCAAAUCUAGCAUACCAUGUGAGGGCACACACAAAGGAGAGGCCAUAUACCUGUGAAGUAUGUAAUAAGUCAUUUCCAUAUAAAAGGGCUGUAGUGUUGCACAUGAAAGUACAUUCUGAUGACAAGCCCUAUACGUGCCGUACAUGUAGUAAGUCUUUCAAGGACAGGACUAAUUUGGUAAAUCACUUGAAAAGACAUGCAAAUGAGAGGCCUCAUAGUUGUGACUUUUGUGGUAAAGCAUUCCUAUUUAAAAGAACUUUAGUGCAGCACAUAAAACUUCACACAAACAAAAAAGAUCAUAGCUGUCAAGUGUGUAGUAAAUCAUUUAUUUCAAAAUGUAGUUUGGUGAGGCAUCUUAGAGUGCAUUCAAAGGUGAGGCCCUAUAGUUGUGAGGUUUGUAACAAAUCAUUUCCAGAUAGAAGUAGCCUGUCAAAACACAUGAAAACACACACAAAGGAAAAGUCUUUUACUUGUAAAGUGUGUAAUAAGUCAUAUGCAUGGAAAAGUGUUCUAAUGUUGCACAUGAAAACACAUAGUAAUGAAAGGCCUUAUGUCUGUGAUAUAUGUGGUAAGACAUACAAACAUAAAAAUAAUCUAGUAACUCACACAAAAACACAUACCCAAGGUACCCAGGAUAAAAAGAAUACCCAGGAUACCCAGAAGAAUCCAAAUCUCUACCUAAUAAUGCUUCCUCCUAUACAUCUCCUAUAUACACCCUUACCUUUACCCAAUAAUCCCCUGGAGCCAACUCACCUGGCUGCCAAGGAUGUAUGCUCAUAAAAUGUUAUCAAUGAUACGUAAGACAAUGUAAAAAGAAGAGAACCUGAAGGCUGUACAUGUAUGUAUAAAUAGAUUGAUAGGAAUAUAGAUAUA